UUUCUUUCUCCUAACCUAAGCGGAGGAGUAGUAGUAGUAGUAUUAGUAUCAAUUCCCAUUCUCAUUCAUUUCUCCCACACUGUUCUAUUUUCAAAACUCUUUCCAUAGCACUUGCUUCACUCUCUCUCUCUCUCUCUCGCGACCAGCAGGAGGUGCCAUGGCGGGUGCGAUGGGUAUGAAGGUCGACAAGAUUCGCCAAAUCGUGCGUCUCAAGCAGCUGAUGACUCGCUGGAAGCACAUCAGCCUCCGCCGCCGCUCCUCCGACGAGCCCUCCGCCGUGCGACGCCCUCCCUCCGGCUUCAUCUUCGUGUACGUGGGCCCCGAACGCACUCGCUUCGCCAUCCCCGCGCGCUUCCUCAACCUUGCUCUCUUCGAGGGCCUCCUCAAACAAACCGAAGAAGAGUUCGGACUCCGAGGUAACGGCGGUUUGGUCCUCCCUUGCCAAGUCCCGUUCUUCUCUAACGUCGUCAAGUACCUCCACAAGGACGAACACAAGUACGGAAGUCUCUCUCUUCAAGACUUCGUUAACAUGCUUUCCGCCUCCUCCUCCGAUUCCUGUAAGGAAAACGUCGCCGUUUUUGCUCCUCUGCUCCAGAAAGCAGAGGUUUGACAUUCUCGAUUGCCAUUCCGAUUCAGAUUUCCCCUGUUUUCGUUUCUUAGCCUCUCUGAAUUUUGUAAAUGAACUCAGGAAUUUGUAAAAUCUCUUUUUUGCCCCCUUGUAAUGGAAUGGGUUUUUUUGGUUCUACUCAUCCUUGGAUCCAUUCCCCCAAAAAUUUUAGUGGGUGGGUUUCAGUGAGAUGUCUUUGAACUAGUCCUUAGGCUUUUUGGGUUAUCUUUCACUAUUUGUUACAACGGAUGCCCAGUUUCAUGAUGAUGAUCAAUUUUUAGUGAUCAAUGAAGAAUUUUACGGUAA